AUGAUGCGAAACAGGGAUAUAGCUGCAGGAGAGCCACAGCGUGGACAGAGAAUGCUUUUCACAGGUCCGGAUGGAACCGGAGACUACAGGCCAAAACCACAUGAUUUCUCCCGGUACGUUGGCGUAGGUGCAGCAUCGCCGGAGGCCACAGGUGAUCUCAGUCAUUUGUUGAGAGCAGCUCCACACGCCCCCCCGCCCACGGCCCGGCAGGCCUACGUGGGCGAGGUGGGGUGGGGGUGGCGGUACAACCAGCUGCUGAAUAACGGCACGCUGCUCAGCAAUAUGCAAAUUAAGAAAACUGAAUUUCGUGCAGAACUGGAAGACAAAGCCACUCAGAAGUUUCAGAACCAAAACAACUAG